UGACGUCAUCGGUCGGGGCCGCGGCCUUUGGCGCAGGGAAGGCCGGGAUGGCGGCGGGGACGACGCGUCCCUCUCGGCCCCGGAAGGAGCCCCAGCCCUUGGUCAUCCCCCGCAGCGCCGCCGAGGAGCAGCGCCUCAAGCUGGAGAGGCUCAUGAGGAACCCGGAUAAGACGGUUCCGAUUCCCGAAAAGCUCAACGAGUGGUCACCCCGUCCACCUCCAGAAUUUGUCAGAGAUGUUAUGGGAUCCAGCGCUGGAGCCGGCAGCGGAGAAUUCCAUGUCUACCGACACCUUCGGCGAAGGGAGUAUCAGAGGCAAGAUUUUAUGGACGCCAUGGCUGAGAAGCAAAAGCUGGAUGAGGAGUACCAGAAGAAGCUGGAAAAGAACAAGAUGGUUGCAGAAGAACAGACGGCCAAGCGACGGAAAAAGCGCCAGAAAUUGAAAGAGAAGAAAUUGCUGGCAAAGAAGAGCAAACUUGAGCAGAAGAGUGAGAAUGCAGCAGCAGAUUCUAACCCUUCUCCAAAGCAGCAGACCAGUGAAGAAGAGGAUGAGGAGGUGUCCGAGGAGGAGGAAGAGGAGAAGGAUGAUGCUGAAGAGCCCAGUUUUGUGACGAAGAGAUGAUGGGGACGGCACUGUGCAUCACCUCCAGCUGCUGUUGAGGAGCCUGGCUUCUGAGCAAGAGGCUUCCUUGCGCUGGUUUGGACUCCGUCGCGAUAGAGGAGUGGCUGUGAGAAUCCCACUGUGGGUGCUGACACCGGAGCCAAGUCAAACUGAGAGCCUUGCUUCCAAAGCUUGCUUGCAUACAACUGCUGUGCAGUCUGCUUCAAGGGUUUCUGGGGAAAGAGGACAGUUUUGUUCCCCGGUGACCCUCCAGUUCUUCUCACACUGCUUCCAAACAGGGCCUCUCUGAAAGUUAAUGCUUUAUCCAUCUGCGUCUUCCUUAUACUGCUCCCGAGAGGCCCAAGUAUGCAAAUAGGUUUCUCUGGAAGAGUGUGAACUUCACUUUUAGGCAGAAAACAGUCUGGACAUCCUUACAGGAGAGGAGCAAGCCUAUUUGGGAGUCUCUGUUAGGCUUCUCUUGCAUUUCCGCUGCAAGCUGUGUUUUACCAUCACUGUAUGAAGAGCUCUCUCCACUUCAGAAAUGUGCUGCCAACCUCCAUUUUACAAGAGUGCUGAUUAAAAAAGAGGAUACAUGA